AUGGCUUCACCGUCGCUUGACGGCGGUCAUCCGAGCGGUAGAGCUUCCCGGCGGCAACAAGCUCCGUCGCUCGAUGUCACGGCCGCCCAGUCCUCAUCCCAGACUGCUCUUAUGACGGAAGAAUCGGAGUCAGGAACGGUGCAAGAAUCUCGCUCGUCGUCAUCGACAAACUCUCCCGCUCCAAACGACAACGAGGAGUCGGACUUUUUUCUCGCCCCCAACGAUUCAGAGUCAUCUCUUGGUGUCUCCAACCUUCAGGAUAUGCACGUAGUCGACGAUGGCGACGAAAACGUGUGCAUCUCCCCCGUCAACCGGUUGCCAAACGAAAUUCUGAUUUCCAUUUUUGCAAAACUGGGGUCCUCUGCAGACCUGCUGCACUGCAUGCUUACCUGCAAGCGGUGGGCUCGAAACUCGGUCGACCUUCUUUGGCAUCGGCCAGCUUGCACCAACUGGGGACGUCAUAAGUCGAUCUGCCAAACCCUCGGGCUGCCCAACCAGUACUUUCACUACAAGGACUUCAUCAAGCGCCUAAACCUAGCGUCCAUCGCUGAUAAAGUCAGCGACGGGAGCGUCUUGCCUCUUGCUGUUUGCAACCGCAUUGAACGCUUGACGCUGACAAACUGCAAGAGCUUGACCGACAUUGGCCUUAUUCCGCUUAUACAGGAUAGCCAUCAUCUUCUCGCCUUGGAUAUUUCUGGAGACGACCAGAUAACCGAAGCCACCAUGUUUGCCAUCGCAGAACAUUGCAGGAGACUGCAAGGUCUUAAUGUUUCGAGUUGUACGAAGAUCUCUAACGAAGGCUUGAUUAAGCUUGCAGAGAGUUGCAAAUAUAUUAAGCGGAUCAAGCUUAACGACUGUUCCCAGCUGACGGACGAUGCGGUUCGUGCCUUUGCGGCGCACUGUCCCAACAUCCUCGAGAUUGAUCUCCACCAAUGCAGGCUUAUUACGAACGACCCUGUCACAGAGCUCCUGGCACAAGGCCAAACCCUGCGUGAAUUACGCUUGGCCAACUGUGAGCUCAUAAGUGACAGUGCCUUUCUGAACCUGCCUCCUGAGCGGGUUUAUGAACACCUCCGAAUUCUCGAUCUGACAUCUUGCAUUCGACUGACGGAUCAGGCUGUGGACCGGAUCAUCACGGUGGCUCCGCGUUUGCGCAAUCUUGUCCUCGCAAAGUGCCGCAAUAUCAGUGAUAGUGCCGUCAACUCGAUUGCAAGAUUGGGAAAAAAUUUGCAUUAUGUUCACCUGGGACACUGCAGUCAAAUCACCGACGUGGCUGUGAAGAAGCUAGUGCAGUGCUGCAACCGUAUCCGGUACAUCGACCUCGGCUGCUGCGUACAUCUGACGGACGAUUCCGUAACUCGCCUUGCUACCCUGCCCAAACUGAAACGUAUCGGUUUAGUGAAGUGCAGCAACAUCACAGACGAGAGCGUCAAUGCGUUAGCAAGGGCGAACCAACGGCAUCGGCAACGGCGUGACAUGGACGGGAACGUCAUCGAUAACCAGUACUACAGUCACAGCAGUUUGGAGCGCGUUCACCUGAGCUACUGUACCUCACUCACUAUUCGGGGCAUCAUCAAGCUCCUCAAUUCGUGUCAUCGUCUCACUCACCUCAGUUUGACGGGCGUUCCAGCUUUUCUUCGAGAGGAUCUUGGCCGUUUCUGUCGAAGCCCACCUCCAGAAUUCACGCUUCACCAACGCGAAGUGUUUUGUGUUUUUUCUGGCGAAGGUGUUUCUGAAUUACGGGAACAUUUGAAUAACCAACCUGGUUAUGCUGCAUUCCGCGACCGCCCACAAGUCGUCUCGGCGAUACCGACCCACCUCAGGACGAAUGUCGAUUACCUAGCUCCUGCGUCGAAUGCUGCGAAUGGCCAUUUACUGAAUUUUGACGAGACGGAGGCAGACGCCCCUACUGAUGACGACGGUAUGGAUGAAGGAAGUGAAAUGGUCGUCGAUGUACCACCACCACCAGGAGGGAUUGGGCCGGUUGCUGGAACUGGCACAAAUAAUGCCAGCACUGUGCCUAUCCCCCCACCAACAACUGUUCCAUAUGUCGUAUCUGCCGGGAACCCGUUACCAUAUAUGCCUAGGGGAUAUGUGCAACUAGUCAGGUUUCCAGAAGAUACGCAGGCAGCUUUACCGCAAACCCAGCCACCUAAUGCGCAUUUCCCCGGAGCGAUUGAUUCUGCGGAACUGGGACUUAUUCUGGCUUCGGAUGUUACGGUUAGUGACAGGUAUGAAGCCGGCCCAUCUCAGUACCCAAUGUCGGUUUCAUCAUCAGCCGCCAGUGUCGCUCCCGUGAGAGUACCGUUAUUUCAGGGAAACGCUCUUGCAGGACCAAGCACAGUAUCUGGCCAAAAUAACACCUACGCAUGGCAAUUACCUGCCGCGGUAACCGUCCAUGCUGCCACCGGCCCAACUGGCGCAAGCACAGCACCCGUGAUGCGACCCAGCUCGUCGCAAGACAACGGGCCCGAACCGCCAACCGGUGGAAGUAACGAAGGUGGUGCAUGA